AUGGAUCUAGAGCAGCGCCCUACUUCAGAGAAGCAACUAAUCAAUACCACUGUUCAUAAUAUCACAUGGCGUGGUAUUACUGUUACCGUCACCGAUCGCAAGACCAAGCAAUCAAAAACCCUGGUGGACAAUAUCGAAGGAGUUGUACAAGCUGGAGAAUGCUGCGCCAUAAUGGGCCCUUCAGGGAGCGGAAAGACAACCCUAUUAAAUGUUCUUGCCAGGCGGUCAACAAAAGCUAAGAGCAUCGAAGGCAGCAUUCUUGUUAAUGGGAGACCGUUGACGAAAUCUGAAUUUCGCCAAGCCAGCUGCCUUGUCAACCAGGAAGAAGUAUUCAUUGGAGGCCUAUCCGUUUAUGAGACGUUGUCAUUUCCUUCGCGACUUGCUAGAUAUGGGUCAUCGACAGAACGUUUGGUGCAAGUAAGCGCACUUCUUGAAUCUUUUGGUCUCACUGACCAGGCGAACACAAUCAUCGGGACAUCGCUGCGCAAGGGCAUUUCGGACGGCCAAAAACGGCGCGUGGCAAUCGCAAGACAGCUCGUAGUGUCACCUAGGAUUCUAUUUCUCGACGAACCCACGUCAGGGCUUGAUUCAGCCGCCAGUUUUGAGGUGGUCCAAUAUCUACAAGCCCUUGCAAGAAGAAACAACCUUAUCAUUAUUUUCUCGAUCCACCAGCCCUCUACAUCGAUUUUUAACCUCUUUGACAAGUUGCUACUAAUUUCAGCAGGCAAGCCGCAUUACUUCGGCGCAGUGUCAGAUGUGGUUGCGUAUUAUAGCAACAUUGGCAUCGAGAUUCCACUCCACUCGAAUGUCCCGGAUUUCCUUCUUGAGCUAGUCAACAUUGACUUCUCACAAGAUAAAGUAUAUGCCGCUCUUCGACUCGUGGAGCUCCAGUCUGCCUGGCAGGCAUCUGCUAACGCUAAGACCGCCCACGACACCAUCUUGUGUGCCGAAAAUGGAGCUGAAUGUCUGAAGAUCGAGUCAGGCAACAACAGACCAAGAAUGGGCAGUCGGACAGUGACGUUGUUACACCGGAGCCUCGUCAAGACCUAUCGCGACCCUAUGGCCUACGGCAUCCGGCUUGCGUUUUCCCUCAGCUUUGCCAUUUUAAUUGGGACAGUAUGGCUGCGCCUCGACCUCGAGCAGGAGUCGAUUUCAUUCCUGGUCAGCGAAAUCUUCUUUGCGCUCUGCUUCAUGUCUAUGGCGGCCAUCAUCUAUGCGCCCGCCUUUAUUGAGGAUUACCUGCAAUCCGCGCAGGAUUUUCACAAUGGCCUGUACGGUCCCACUGAGUUUGCAGUAUCCAAUUUCCUCAUCAGCAUACCAACCAACUUCUUGCUGAGCCUCGUCUUCUCUAUCACCUGCUACUGGCUAUCCAACCUUGUACCCUCCGCCACAGCCUUUUUCACCUGGGUUCUCUGGGUCUUCCUCACCGCAUUAGCCGCCGAAGCCCUCGUCGUCGUAGUAGCAUGCAUCCUUCCCGACUUCAUCUUCACCAUAGCCUGCUCCUCGUUCCUCAACAGUCUGCUCCUCUGCGGCCAGGGCUUCUUCAUUUCAUACUCUAGUCUAAACCCCUUCUACCGCUUCGGAAUCCACUAUUGGGACUACCUCGCCUACGCAUUCCAGGGGUUGAUGGUCAGCCAGUUUCGCGGCGCAAAGUACAGCUGCGGCACUCAUUGCAGCUGUAUGUACGCCUCAGACCUGGCUAACCAGUGCCAGGUUGCUGGAAAAGCGGUCUUGGAGCGGUAUGGAUAUGAAGAGAAGGGGCAGUUUGGUAGAAAUAUAGGUAUCACGGUGGCUAUUGUACUUGGGUAUCGAGUGGCUUCGUGGAUACUGAUUAAGCUUAAAAACUAAAUAUUAUUCAGGAAAG